CUGACGGGUGCCGCCGCGGCGACUCACCGGGAUGAGAAGCAGCGUCGCAGCGCGAUGAGCUCGAGCGAGGACGCGGCAGUGGAGGGUCUCUCCCUGGAGGAGAUACUGAGGCUCUACAGCCAGCCCAUCAACGAGGAGCAGGCAUGGGCGGUGUGUUACCAGUGCUGCAGGACGCUGGCGAGGGAGCAUCGGAGCAGGGGGAGCUCCUCCGCCGCCGGAGCAUCGUCAGCGGCGGCUCCGAGGAAGAUAACGGGACCGGAGGACGUCCGGAUACAAAGAGACGGGUCCGUGAGCCUGCAGCAGCGGGACCGCGAAGGUAAAUACAGUCCUUGCACAACAACAGAGGUGAUUGAGUCUCUGGGCAUCAUGAUCUACAAGGCUCUGGACUACGGCCUGAAGGAGAACGAGGAGAGGGAGCUCAGCCCUCCUCUGGAGCAGCUCAUCGACCUUAUGACCAACAUGGCCGAGGCGGAGAGGGACGCCUGCCCCGACGAAGGCUACGAGGCAACAGAGGAAGAGGACGAGGCUGAGGAUGACGCCGGCAACAUCUGCAGUGUCCCCGGCUACAGAGAUAUCUUCAAGGGGGAGCCUGCUGACCAGGAGCCUGGCUGACAUCGUCAAGAAGGACGACUUUGUUCUGGACUCGGAGUACCUCAUCACUAUGCUCGUAGUUGUACCAAAGACGGCAUAUGCUGACUGGCAGAAAACAUAUGAGACACUGUCUGAGAUGGUGGUGCCCCGGUCCUCAAAUCUGCUAUUUGAAGACAAUGACAGCGGACUGUUCAGCGUCACUCUAUUCCUGAAAGCCAUCGACGACUUCAAGCUCAAAGCUCGAGAGAACAAGUUCAUAGUGAGAGACUUCCAGUACAACGAGGAGGAGAUGAAAGCAGACAAAGAGGAGAUGACACGGCUCUCUACGGAUAAGAAGAAGCAGUUUGGCCCGCUGGUCCGAUGGCUGAAAGUGAACUUCAGUGAAGCCUUCAUCGCGUGGAUUCACAUCAAAGCACUGAGAGUGUUUGUGGAAUCGGUUCUAAGAUAUGGGCUGCCGGUGAACUUUCAGGCCAUGCUCCUGCAGCCAAACAAGAAGACCGUGAAGAAGCUGAGGGAGGUGCUGAAUGAUCUUUACAAACAUCUAGACAGCAGUGCAGCAGCUAUCAUCGACUGUGCGAUGGACAUCCCGGGCCUGAACCUCAGCCAGCAGGAGUAUUAUCCUUACGUCUACGACAAGAUCAACUGUAACCUGUUGGACUUUAAAGUUUAACACUUUGGCUGUUAUGUCUUUAUGCCGAUUGUUUUCUCAUGACUUAGAUCUGCUCUUCCCUGAACGUCCCUCCCCGUCUUCCCCCCGCUAUCCGUUUCCUCACCGCCACCUCUCCCGCUUGAAUGAGAACGCUGCAUGUUCAUUCCUUGUGGUGAAACAGCCCUACCGUAAGCUUCUAUCAUUUUUAAAACCAAGGGAAAAAAGUAAACAAUUUUUCAUUAGUGUCAUUGUUUACACUUUGUUUUUUUGACGUGAGGUGGGUUAAGAAAUGCUAAAAAGAUAAGUAUAUUUAAAGCCUCAUUCCACUUGUGUUGGCUUAUAUUGAUCCUGAAGAUCCUGAGUGUUCAGAGAUUUGUGUUCAUAUGUUAUCACUGCUACCCACGGCAACCGGACUCGUUAUUUGUUCCUGAGAUUGUGGUGUGGCUUUGUGUAACGUGUGUGUUCUCGUCUGAUGUUGUGUAUAUUUGCUGUGAAAUAAGAUCUGUAUCAGAGUAUUGUGUGUAAGCCAGUGAUUGAAUAAAUAUGAUCGAUGAAUAUACCAAA